AUGAACAAGCUGCUGUCACUGGCCCUCUUCCUCUACGCCGUGGCGGCCGUCAGGCCACCCAAGGGGCGAUAUGAAGGUGUGUCGAAAAACAUAAACGAGCACCUAAGCAGCAGGAGCGGCUCCAAUAACGGCAAACCAUUUAACUUGCAAGAAAAUAUCAAAUAUAAAAGGCAGAAUAAUUACGAGUUCUUUGUCGACUCGGAUGGACAGUUACAGCAGGAACGUUUUGGAGUGAAUGAACCCAGACAAGUACUAAAGAAAAAUCUCGAUCAGUUAAGAUACCUAAUUAACGACAUGGAAGUCCUCACAGGUAUGUACACCUUCAACGCAAGAGACAAAGAAAAAGUGUUAAAGGAGACGUUAAAGCCGGAGUCGCUCUGCUUUACCAUGUUGGGUCUCCUAUCCGACAACAUUAAUAAGCUCCUACCAGUGGAGAGCUCUCCCAUAUACGGGCUGCUAAUCAAUGGAGAAAGGAACACCAGCACGAAUGAAGUGAACAAAGAGUUAUCCAUAUAUGCAAUUUUAUCAAACAUAUCGGUCUAUGUUGGUGAGUUUAAGUUUCCCAUUUUGAAGAAUGCCCCUUACGAGAUCCCCUUCCUGAUUGGCUACUACGACAAUAAAGGGAACGGAUUCAGAAACAAAACCUUUUCGUACCUUUGCCCUUUACCAACGUUUUUAAUUGAUGUUAUACGGACGACAAAGUUCGGAAUGAAAUUCAAUUUUAAUGGUCUCGACUUGGAAGCGAAAGAGUUGUUUCCUGCUUCGCUGUCCCACUGGAUUGAGAUGCCGUCGAUGGUGCCUGUCCAGACGGGAGACAAAUAUGACAGCGAGAGAAAGGCCAUGGUAGAGGUGCUCAAGAAAGAAGCCAAGGAUGUGACGUACAGGAAGGUGCACAAAACUGGAGUGAUCGAAGGGGUCGGCAUUGUGAAGGCACAAGAGAGGAUACUAGCUUCCACUUCCUUUUCCAAUAUGAGAGAAACGGUGAAAAGUUUUCUCGCCAGCUCAGGAAGAACGUCCAUGGAUGGAGCUUCCACUGCUCUGUACUUUAUGGCCCUGAGUCAGAAGCUGUUUUCGAAGAUGAAAGACACACCGCACAGAAGAGUGACACGUGUGGACGUCUCCAAUGUGGUGGAGAACAAGAGUGGGUUCUUACAAGGGUAUAGUCUGAAGCUAACUCUGGAGGAUUCCACUUUCGUCACAGCGGAGGCGCUGGUGCAGGGAAAGAAUGUGUUGGUGCCGCGCGAGCUGAAGAAAGGCAGCAGUGGCGCCGCCUCACUGGAGGUGCCAGUGGCAUAUGGACUCAGUGUGGGCGGCGGCGCGGGGCUGACCUACAGCUUCGCUGGCCUGGCCUUCGACCUGAAGAGCGCGCUGCCCUACAGCGUGAACAGCCUGGCGUCCUUCGUGAGGGCGGCAUAG